UUAUAAAAGAACGUUUCGGUUCCAGUUACCACACCAUAAGUAAACUUUUCACAAACACUUAUUUUUAAAAAAUCACAACACAAGCCCAUGAUUAAUUUAAUUAUAUUUUUUUUUAAUGAAUUUACAUAAUAAAUUUUGAAAUUGUGCGCCUCCUCAACCGGUUACCGCACUCGAGCAUUUGAUAAAUUUUUUUUUAGUCCUCCAACUAAUUACAUUUUAUAAAACAGCAAAAUGCGCUACUAGAUAAAGGCUAAAGUACACUUUUGCGAUUCGCCUGCUUUGUAGUGCUUUUAAUUUGAUGGUUUAUAAGUACAAUAUUCUAAUUACAAGUCUAGGCCACUAACUAGCAGUGACAUUAAAUUUUCGUUUUAUUUAUUGACAAAAUAACGAGAAAAUUGUUGAUGAAAAUGUGAGUCUUUAAAGAAGUCACUAAAAAGAUGUUUUUAAAUUAAAUAAAGAAUUAUUAAUAGCUUUUAGUUGAAAUGGACUGCUUCAUAACCUUCACCGACACCGCAUCGUAUCGUAGUGAAGUGAAUCAAUACUACUGCUGCAAUAACUCUUUCGUUAGAAUUUUCAUUUGUUAGAUUAAUCGGUCAACUAUUAACUAAUUAAAACAGCCUAUAGUCAAGGCUGACAAGUGAAAAAAUGAGUUUAAUUGAAUUUAAAUAGUUGAAUGCGCGAAGCUCAUCACCCCCCCACUGUUGACCAAAGUUCAAAUUGAAUUUGAUAAGAUUCUUCUAGAAAAGAUUCUGGUUGCCAAAAAGGACGGGCCGGCAAAAAAAGCGUGCUUUCCUGCAAUUUUGUGUUAAAAUUUGAAAUAUUCCAUCAAACACUGCAAGAUGUACAGAGUACCAAACGCAAUGAGAUCGCUGGCCCUGCGAAAGGUGCACCAAAUCAACCAGGCCCAAAGAUGGUACGCUAAAGAUGUGAGAUUCGGACCAGAAGUUAGGGCCCUGAUGCUCCAAGGAGUCGAUGUUUUGGCGGAUGCUGUUGCUGUCACUAUGGGGCCAAAGGGUCGUAAUGUCAUCAUUGAACAAUCGUGGGGCUCCCCAAAAAUCACCAAAGACGGAGUCACAGUAGCCAAAGGUGUGGAAUUAAAAGACAAAUUUCAAAAUAUCGGCGCUCGUCUCGUCCAAGAUGUUGCCAAUAACACCAAUGAAGAAGCGGGAGAUGGUACCACUACAGCUACUGUAUUAGCUCGUUCCAUUGCCAAAGAAGGUUUCGAGAAUUUAGGCAAAGGAGCCAACCCAGUGGAAAUCCGUAAGGGUAUUAUUUUAGCUGUAGAAAAGAUUACCGAGACGUUGAAGACUUUAUCCAAGCCUGUCACUACACCUGAGGAAAUCUGUCAAGUUGCCACUAUUUCUGCAAAUGGAGACACUUCUGUAGGAAACCUCAUUGCUGACGCUAUGAAACGUGUAGGCAAAGAAGGUGUCAUUACAGUUAAAGAUGGUAAAACCCUAAAAGACGAACUAGAAGUAAUUGAAGGUCUUAAAUUUGACAGGGGUUACAUUUCACCGUAUUUUGUCAACACUACCAAAGGAGCUAAGGUGGAAUAUCAAGACGCUCUAGUACUGUUCAGUGAAAAGAAAAUUUCUUCAGUCCAAAGCAUUGUUCCAGCCUUAGAAUUAGCAAACGCUCAAAGAAAACCUUUGAUCAUAAUUGCAGAAGAUGUAGACGGUGAAGCAUUGACCACUUUGGUGGUCAACAGACUACGUAUUGGACUCCAAGUAGCUGCAGUCAAAGCCCCAGGAUUCGGCGACAAUCGUAAAUCAACCCUGCAAGAUAUGGCCAUCGCUAGCGGAGGUAUCGUAUUUGGCGACGAGGCCGAUGUCGUCAAAAUUGAGGAUGUCAAAGCCUCCGAUUUGGGACAAGUUGGCGAAAUUGUCAUUACAAAAGACGAUACUUUGAUUUUGAAAAGCAAGGGCAAAAAGGAGGAUAUUGAUAGGCGGGCCGAUCAAAUUAGAGAUCAAAUUGAAACGACUACUUCGGAAUAUGAAAAGGAAAAAUUGCAAGAGAGGUUGGCUAGAUUGGCUUCUGGUGUAGCAGUAUUAAAAGUCGGAGGUAGCAGUGAAGUUGAGGUUAAUGAGAAGAAAGACAGAGUAACUGACGCCCUAAAUGCCACUCGUGCGGCUGUAGAAGAAGGAAUUGUUCCCGGUGGUGGUACCGCUCUAUUAAGAUGCUCCUCAAGCUUGGACACAAUCACUCCCCUAAACAAAGAUCAAGAAAUUGGUAUCGAAAUUGUCAAGAAAGCUUUGAGGAUUCCUUGCAUGACCAUCGCCAAGAAUGCUGGAGUUGACGGUGCCGCCGUUGUGGCCAAAGUGGAACAACAAACAGGAGAUUAUGGUUAUGACGCGAUGAAUAAUGAAUAUGUUCAAAUGUUUGAGAGGGGUAUUAUUGAUCCAACCAAGGUUGUCAGAACAGCCCUUGUAGAUGCUUCAGGCGUAGCUUCACUACUCACAACAGCUGAAGCAGUAAUAACAGAUAUUCCUAAAGAAGAACCCGCUGGACCUGCAGGAAUGGGCGGUAUGGGUGGUAUGGGAGGCAUGGGUGGAAUGAUGUAAUCAGGUCCCACGUAAAGAAACUUCCAAACCAAAUUCAUUGUCUUUUUUUUCUGAAAAGGAAGACCCACAAGUGUGAUUGCGCUCUGUCAAAAAAAUUGUUUUAAAUAUUUUGGCAGAAGUUUUUAAUUAUUUACAGAAGUCCGUGCGUUAUUAUUUGGGACAAAAAUGUAGUUAGAGUGAGUGGGUGUUUGUUCUUAAUAUAGAAGACUGCAGCAGCUGAAAUUGUUUCGAAAUAGCAUUUUAUCGGUGUUGAUCUGAAGAAGCAUUUAACCGAAUUGUUUUUUGUAAAUGUGAAUACAUAUUUCAGUUUUUUUUAAUGAUUCCCUAUUUAGUGUAAAUUGUUAUAAAUAAAUUGUUAUAAUUUUUUAUAUUGAUA